AUGAGCGGGGCCCCUGUUCCGUCCGCAAAGCUUAGUGUUGGAGAGCGACUACGUCAACGCUUCAGGUCCAGAAGCCGGGCUUCAUCACCGACUCCAGCGCCAGUCUCAACCAAGCAGUCACCAGGUUCACCAUUAAUACAGAUUUUAGCAUCGUCGAGCCCUCCAUCGGCUGGACUGGUUGCCGCUAACUCACCAAACGCCAGCGCUGCCUCCUCAUCAUCGCAGCAGGCGACUUCCAAUCCCUCCAGCCUCAACAUCUUAAACGAUGCGCUCAAACGACUCUCCGAUCGCGAUCGAGCAACCCUUCGAGAAUAUAUUCUUCCGAGUUCGGGUGAUAUUGACUUGGUGCUGAAGCAGUCUUUGGCUGCGGCUGAGGAGAAGCAACGGUACUGUCUUGCGAAGAGGUGGAGGUUUAUAUUUGCUGGGCGAGAAGUCGUAGUAAAAGAGGUGGCCGACAAGGUGGUCAGCUGGCUAAACCGAUUUAAAGAUGUAGGCGAUAUCGCCGCCAGCGUAGACCCAGUGCACGCCGGCUUGCCAUGGGCCGGCAUUCGCAUGCUGCUCGAGGCUGCUGUGUCUGAGGCGAACCAAAUGGCUUCGCUGCUCGUCGGGUGCGAAACCGCUCUGUACAUGAUAAACCGACUGAAGGCGUACAUGGACUUCUUGGAUGGACUGCCUACGACGCUGACACGAACCAACUUUGAGACUUCCGCGACAGAACUCUAUGCACGCAUUCUCCAGUUCCUGGCUCAAGCCAUCCAGAUAUACCAGUCUACGACGGUUAAACGCGCAUUUAAAGCGUUUUGGAAAGACAGCGAUGUCCAUGACUUUGAAGAUGCGUGCAACGAGCUCGGAGUAAGGGUCGAAAUCGAGGCGAGCAAUUGCGACCGCACCCUGAGUGCUCAAGACCGGGAGCGCACCGGAAAACUGAAGCAAGAUCUUGAGAGGGUGCUCAAAGAGCUCAAAAAGUCUCACAAGCUUCAAGAAUCGCUGGAUCGACUUGAAAUCAAGAUUGACUUGGGCAAGUUGCCCUAUGCCGAAGGAGCAAUGUUCAACUCUUAUGGCGAUGAUCACGUUACCUGUCACCCUGCUACUCGGCUCGACCUCCUUGGUCAAAUUCAAGAAUGGGCUCAACAACCAGACGGUAAGGGCAUCUUCUGGCUCAAGGGCAUGGCGGGCACGGGUAAGUCGACUAUCUCUCGGACCAUCGCACAGUGGUUGGACGGUCAAAGUCACCUUGGGGUCGUCGACCUCGGGGCGAGCUUUUUCUUUAAGCGAGGUGAAGGCGACCGAGGCUCUGCUUCACGAUUCUUUUCCACCAUUACCCGCCAACUCGUGCUGAAGAUCCCCGGGCUGGAUGAUCUUAUCGCCGACGUGAUUACUUCCGAUCCACUCAUUUUCGACAAGGCACUGGGUGAGCAAUUCGACAAGUUACUGUAUCAACCGUUACGCAAAGUGGACGUCACUCCCCGUGAUUCUCCUAUUCUGGUCUUAGUGGUUGAUGCUCUGGACGAAUGUGAGAAAGAAGGAGACAUUCAGACCAUUCUCGACUUGUGGUCUCGAAUACCUCGGAUUACGACUAUUCGUCUAAGGCUCCUUUUGACGAGCCGACCCGAGCUGCCUAUUCGACUAGGAUUCAAGGACAUGUCGAUCGACGCCUAUCAGGAUAUGUCCGUGGACGCCUAUCAGGAUAUCGUUCUCUAUGAUGCGGUUCCCCGAACGACAAUUCAGCAUGACAUCUCAACCUUUCUGAAAGACGAGUUUUCGAAGUUUCGGAAGAAUUAUAAUGCUGACCCGCCUUCAGGGACACCACUCGAUCCUGACUGGCCAGGUGCGGAAGUUCUUGAAGCUCUGGUCGACAUGGCUGUCCCAUUGUUUAUCGUUGCCGCGACCGUGUAUCGUUUUGUGAGUGACAUUAACUACGAUCCCAAGGAACAACUUGAGACGAUCUUGAAAUUUCAUGGGACGGGUCAGUUGGAGCAGAUGGAACAGACGUAUCUGCCUGUGCUUACGCAACUUACGCAACUAUUCAGCAGCUCACGUGACACGGAAAAGCUCUACCAAGAGUUCCGAAUGAUUGUUGGAUCUAUUGUCACCCUUGCUGAACCGCUUUCUAGAAAGUCCCUUGCAGCCCUUCUACAAAUAUCUCCAGUCACGUUGAAGCUCCGCCUAAACCCAUUAUAUUCUGUUCUGCGAGUUCCUGAUGAUCUGGAAACACCGAUUCGGACUCUUCAUCUUUCCUUUGGAGAGUUCCUAUUGAGCAACAAACCUCGACACGAGUCUUUUGGAGUGGACGGCCCGGUUACGCAUCGAUUACUAUUGACAAAAUGUCUACAACUGCUGUCAGGCCCCAAUGGUCUGCGGGAAAAUUUGUGUGACCUUACCUAUCCAGGCCAGCCACGGCGAGAGGUCGAGCAGACCGUGAUCAAUGAACGCCUAUCACCCGCAUUUCAGUAUGCAUGCCGAUACUGGGUCCACCAUGCCCAGCAAAGUAAGGUCCGGAUUCACGAUGAAGACGAAGUGCACUCUUUUUUGCGGAAGCACUUACUGCACUGGCUUGAAGCUCUCAGUCUCAUGAAUAGGGUUGCUGAAGUCAUUGGACACAUUAACGUAUUGUCAUCGCUUUUGUCGGCAAACGGCUCAAGUCAUUUAUCAGCCUUUCUUGGAGAUGCGCGACGAAUUGUCCUUUCUAACCGAUAUAUCGUCGAACUCGCGCCGCUUCAGAUUUAUUCGUCAGCGAUGACUUUCGCCCCACAGACCAGUCUCGUGAGGAAGAUGUGUGGUCCAAACCCAAAGUGGAUACUGAAAUGUCCGAUCACUGCAGCGACGUGGAGUGCUGAGCUACAGACACUCGAGGGGCACACGCACUAUGUGAAGGCGAUGGCAUUCUCGCCCGAUGGCUCGCUCUUGGUCUCUGCUUCAAUUGAUCACACCGUCAGGCUGUGGAAGGUGAGCACGGGUCAAGCGGUGCAGACACUCCAGGGUCACACGAACUCUGUGAGGGCGGUGGUAUUCUCGCCCGACGGCUCUCUACUGGCCUCUGCUUCCGACGACGGCGCCGUCAGGCUGUGGAAGGUGAGCACGGGUCAAGCGGUGCAGACGCUCGAGGGGCACACGAGCUUGGGUCACACGAACUUUGUGGAGGCGGUGGCAUUCUCGCCCGAUGGCUCACUGCUGGCCUCUGCUUCAUGCGAUCACACCGUCAGGCUGUGGAAGGUGGGCACAGAUCAACAGGCGUGGAAAUACGAGAAGCUACCAGGAAUCACUACUAUCAGUUUUUCCCUUGACAAUACGGCUUUGCUCACAAAUCGAGGAACGAUAUCUAUUGAUGAUAAAACUCUUUGCUCGACUAUCGAAUCUUCGAACGAGACAGCCAUCACGAUAAAAAAUGGUUGGCUUCGACAAGGUGACUAUAAUCUCCUUUGGCUCCCACUGGAGUAUCGCCGCGAUAGCUCGGCUUUCUACGGCAAUACGAUUGCCAUUGGUUUGAAUUCCGGCCAAGUCAAAUUUAUCCAGCUCGAUAAUCUAGAAGUAUCUCGAUAG